CGCAGCCGCAGACCGAGGCCGGUGACUCAGCGGGGAGACCGUGUGGGUGUGGCCCGCUGGAUGCAGCUACUCGGGACAGUACACUCCCUGAAGGGAAGAGGAACUGUGGCAUCUUAGAGGGCAUUUUCCGAGAGGAAGUGAGUCACCCACCCCGGACUGGGUGCCAAUUUGGAGGAGCCGUUUCUCGACUGAGCUGUGGUUUCAACAGACUUCACCAAAAUGCCAUCCCAAAUGGAACACGCCAUGGAAACCAUGAUGUUUACAUUUCACAAAUUUGCCGGGGACAAAGGCUACUUAACGAAGGAGGACCUGCGAGUACUCAUGGAAAAGGAGUUCCCUGGGUUUUUGGAAAAUCAAAAAGAUCCUCUGGCUGUGGACAAAAUCAUGAAGGACCUGGACCAGUGCCGAGACGGCAAAGUGGGCUUCCAGAGCUUCUUUUCGCUAAUCGCAGGCCUCACCAUUGCGUGCAAUGAUUAUUUUGUAGUGCACAUGAAGCAGAAGGGAAAGAAGUAGGAAGAAUUGAACGUUUACUCCUGCCCAGAUGAGAGUUCUCCCAAAGGGCCACUUACGGAAUCUGCCCCUCAGUUUCCCCUUGUAUAAAGAUUUCAUGAGCAGAUCAGGACCCUUAGAAAAUGUACAAAUAACAUCCAACUCGCAUUGGACAAGCAGAGAAAGGAAAGUUAGUUUAAUGCUAGAUAAGCUUUUGAUUUUUAUAUUGUUUGCAUCCUCUUGCCCUCAGUAAAUAAAGUCUUUUUUUUAGUUCCGGA